AUGGAAAACAAUAGCUUGAUUGAUGUUGGAUUCUCUAGGCCUGAGUUCCAAGAAGGAAAAUUGGGAAGUAAUUAUCCAGGAGAGACUAGACCGGGGGCUGGUGAAUGCCACUUGGAGCUUGAGACAGUCCAUAGUCAAUCUCCUCAUUGUGUUGAAACUGAGAAAACCAUUUGUGACUAUUUUUCUAAAGCUUGGAAAAAUGAAGAAGCCUACUGGAAACAGAGGUCGCAUAUUAAUUGGCUUAAGAGGGGAGAUGCUAAUUCCAAAUUCUUUCAUCUCUCUACCACUCAACAAAGAAGAAGAAAUAUAGUAUCAAAGUUGGAAGAUGAUAAUGGUGUGACUGUGGAAAAUGAGGAUGACAUCAGAAACUUGUAUGAAUCCUACUAUUUGGAGCUUUUCACCUCCUCUGGCCCUAAAAGUUGGGGGAAUUCACAGGAUCACGUGAACCAUGUGGUUAUUGAGGAGAUGAACCUUGAGCUUUGCAAACCUAUCUCUUCGGAUGAAGUUAAGGAGGCUGUUUCUCAACUUGGUGAGCUUAAAGCGCGAGAUUUUUGUGAUCAAAAGACUGAUCUUGAUGAGCUAAACCAAACCCUGAUUGCCCUCAUUCCUAAAUGCCCUAGUCCUCAUAAAACUACACAUUUUCGGCCUAUCAGCCUGUGUAAUAACUCCUACAAAAUCAUUUCAAAAAUCCUAGCGAACCGGCUCAAGGAGUUUCUUCUAGAGAUCAUCUUAGAUUUUUAG